UUUUAUUCCUGUUCUUUCUCCAUUGACAUCCUUUCCACAGCUUGAACUUCACAGCCUCAGCCCGCUAGCUCGCCUUUCGCAGCCUCCUUCCUCUCAACAACUUCCACAAUGUCUUCUGACCAGCAGCCCGUCCUGGUUCAAUCCGCAUCCCUGCACGGCAAAGUCGCCAUCGUCACUGGUGCUGGCCGUGGUAUCGGUCGAGGAUGCGCCAUCGAGCUCGGCAAACGUGGCUGCAGUGUCGUGAUCAACUAUGCCACCAGCAAGUCGUCUGCAGAAGAAGUCGUGAAGAUCAUUGAAGAGUGUGGUACAGGAGCCAAGGCCAUCAGCAUCCAGGCGGAUGUCAGCAAGGUGUCCGAGAUCGAGCGUCUCUUUCAGGAAACUAAGAAUCACUUUGGCAAGGUCAAUAUCGUGAUGAGCAACAGCGGAACAGAGUCUUGGGACAAGACGGAGGCCAUCACUGAAGAGAAGUACGACUAUGUCUUCAACCUCAAUGCGCGAGCCCAAUUCUUUGUGGGUCAGGCCGCGUACAAGCACCUGGAAGACAACGGUCGUUUGAUCUUGAUGAGCUCGAUCGCUGCUGGGUUGCUUGGUGUUAAGGACCACGUUCUUUACAAUGCUUCGAAGAUGGCAGUGAUCGGCAUGAUCAAGGGAUUUGCCACCGACUUUGGUGUCAGAGGCAUCACAGUCAACGGUGUGGCCCCCGGUGGUAUCAAGUCGGAUAUGUUCACGCAAAACGCAUGGCAUUAUAUCCCAGGUGGUACGCCAGACUGGCCGGCGGACAAGAUUGAGAGCCUCAUGGCCGAGCAUUGCCCGCUCAAGAGGUGUGCGACGCCUGAGGAUGUUGCGAGAGUGGUGGCUUUCCUGUCUUCUGACGAUGGCGGCUGGGUCAACGGACAAGUGAUUACCAUCUCGGGAGGAUCUUCGCAAUAAUUGUGGUCUGAAGUCAUAGAAAUAGGUCGGUCAGGGAAGGCAGCAAGCAAGUGCAAUAGCAGUACGGAGCAUAACGCGUGUCGUGUAUGGCUGGCAUACUAGGAGGUAUUACUGGCAGCGGUGCAAUCAUAGAGAUUUUAGGUGCAUGUAUUGCCAAUCGGGAGAAAAUAGGUAGAGAGAAGCUUGGAAGUUUGAUUUAAUCAUUUGACCUC